AGCUCUCGGCCUUGUCCAUCGGGGCGUAUAUUCGCCGGAGGAUCCUACCGCAGUAGGCUAAAAAUACGAGACAAGCUUGAGCAACACGCGCGCUCCGGGGGAGCGCUGCGGCGGAGGCAUUAGCAUAUUGAUGAACACGUCAAAGCUGCGUUUCGGCCAAGGAGCUAACGGGAAGAGACGCCUCGAGGUGACAGCCAUCGCUCAUCUCUCUCGCAUGGCAACCGGGCGGCUCGUCUGCUCUCUCGCCGGGCCUAUAAAAUCCAGCGGCACCCUGCCUCAAGCAUCACAGACACGACAACCCUCCUUAACUGCCAACCACUCCAGCAGUUCCCGCACGGAUACUCUCGCUGCACCGAUCGCUCGCCAGACUAGACAGACAUGCCCGGACACUACUCCAGCCUUCUCCUACUUCUGCUCUGCACGCUACCAAUGUUCCUAGGACACCCGGCAAUCAUCGAACGAGCCGAAUCCAAGUCCGAGUGCGAGGGUUGCGGUGACGAGUGCGACAAGUGCAAGUACGGCUCGGCGGUCUCUCGCUGGUGCGGUGUCAAGGAGUGUCUCAAGGGUCCCGGCGAGAUCUGCGGUGGUGCACGAGAGGACAAGUACGGAGCCUGCGGUGACGGCAUGUACUGUCGGUGCAACAAGUGCACUGGUUGCAGCAUCGACACCCUCGAGUGUUUCUCGGGCUUCUGUCCGAUCGUCGAGCACCGACAGUUCCGCCAGGGCCUGCUGGGAUUUCAAUUCGACAAGUAGGCAACGCGAGGUGAAGGAAGGCAACGCGUGGUCGAGCGCGCCAGCUUCUUUGUUUUUUUUUUUUUUUUAUUUACGCAAUCCAUUCUCAUUCCACGCUAUGACUUCGCUAUGUAUAACUUACUACUAUUACUACUAUAAUUAUUAUGACUAUCUCCAAGAAUCCGACAAAGAGAAGCGAUCUCAACACGAUGACUACUUUAAUUGUGAUACGCGCAGCCUAUUAUGUAUCUGUGUUACUUGUACGUAAGAAGAUGUCUAUGAAAAACGUCCCUUUAUUCCGGCUGUGACGAUAACUACACGCUCAAACGCCAACAUACACACAUAUAUGCAGAUGUAAGAGAGAACCAAGGAGAGAGAAAGAGAGAAAGCUUGUUCGCGACUGAAUUAUUGUAAUUGUGCUUCUUUUUGAGAAUGAUUGCUUCGAUAAGUGACUUAGUAUUUCCGGCAUGCUGGUCGUGCGACGUAGGCCAGUGGUAAAAAGUGUUAAAAAACAAGUAUCUCAAUCGACUAGUCAACCAGUGUGCAUUUAAUCAAUAAACGACCUUAUUACCGAAGCAAAGUAACAAACAUUCACGACUUUUGUUUGCUUAUUUUUCUUCAUGCCACCAUCUUUUACACGCGUGUGACUUGUUUACCUUUCAUCGCAUAUCAUGCUUACUUAUGAUUUGUUUGACGAUGUAAAUUCAUUUUGGCCGCCUUUUCGUUUAGACGCGUCGGCUCGCAAUCACUUGAAUAUUUCAAUUGUUGAGCCACUGCACUAUAUUAUAGCCUUUAGUAUUCGAUUAAAGAUAUUUAUCAAAUUCGUUCGGCACUAUGGAUAUAUUAAUCGCUGUGGCGAAAUAUAUUUGGUUCAAAUGUCUCGUAGGCGAGCUUUUUAUUAGUUACGAAAUUACCAAACCAUGCAUUUAUUCAGUGCGUACGCGUCACAUGUUUUGUCUAAAAUUAUUUUUGUCUUACCAAACAGCGAUAAGAAAUUGAAACGAAUAAUGCAGGCUGAUCGUAGCCAUAAGGAAAUAAGAGAUUCAUCAAUUAAUUUCGCCGACGUACUCACGAGGAAAAUUUCAUCAGUCGUCGAGAUUGCAAGUGCAAGCCGCAGUGCGCCGACGUCAUCGGGGCAUGCAUAAAUUUUAUGGGGAAUUUUAUGGGAACGCGCGCUAAACCGGACGACAAAUGUUUAUACGAUGCAAGUAUACAAAUGCAAUGACGUGUGCUGGCGCACUGCGAAACGCGUUUAUCCAGUGAAUUAUCUUGUGUUCUGUCAUUCACGUAACUCCGUAUAUGUAAUGCCCUUAUUGUCGAGAAAAGAAAUUGCGUGCGUUUAUUUUAUCGAAUAACUCGCUCGCGGAAACUUCUGUCCGCGCGGGAGGAAAGUACGAAGCGCGACCGCGAUAGAAGCUCUCCACGCGACGAUCCAAGGGUUAACGGGUAAAUAGAACAGGUCACAAAUGCGCUAACAAAGACAACAACAAAAAAUUAUCCAUGGAUAUUUUUAGUUGGUUUUUCUCGUUGCACCGCUUUACGACGACGCCCGCUCGUAAAGAACGUUUAUUUUCGCGUUGAAGCGCGCGUACGUGUCAUUGCCGAAUGACUUUGUUAUAAUUACUUGUAUUCUCGAUGCGCGAGUAGUCGGCGUAUAUGUGCGUUUCGAAGAUUCACUUUAUAUUUUAAGUGCGGCUCUUCAAAACUUCCGUUUGAGAGUGAAAACUUCGGUGCGCGCGCGCGCGUUGCUAAGUUUGUCUAUUUACUCUAAGCUAUUAAUGGAAGCGAAAAAAAACUUUAAAUUGGAACGUCGAUAAAUUCGAUAGGCAAGUUCGUGAGCGACCGACUUUGCACCGAUUGCUAUAAAUACAGGACACUACGAAAGAAUGAACGAAAGCAGAUGUAUAUCUUUUGUAUUGAUUGAUAUGUAUUUCAGUCAAUUUUAUUGACAUUCGCUUCGUGUAACAAGAAUAUAGAUAUGUGUGUGUGUGUGUGUGUGUGUGUGUGUGUGUGUGUAUGCAUAUGCAUACACACACAUACACACAUACACGCAUUAUAUCUACAUAAAUUUUGGCUUUGGUUAUACAAUUCGACGAUAUUUUCUACAAAAUUACGUACAAAAUUAUGUAUACAAUUCGAGCGCGACGAGGCACGCCUUUAUGAAUUCAUUUGUU